AUGGUGCGCUCCCUGGCAAGGACGGCAUCGUGGGCGGCCAUCGUCCCCCUGGCCGUUUACGCCGCGUUUUGGUCCCUCGCCAUGAUACCCUUCUUCCAGCGACACUUCCUAUACGCGCAUAAAAUCAACACCCUCUUCUGGGCCGAUGUCAAUGAACCCGAGAGAUGGGGUUUCGCGAAGCACCAGGUCGCGCCGUUUCACCUGAGAACCCCCGAUGGCAACCUCAUCUACGCUUGGCAUAUCCUGCCUUUACCUCUCUACCAAAAGCAUCAAGCGAAUAUCGCCCAGGGGGCCUCUUCCGACAAGGCCCCGCUCGACGUCGCUGCCACGGAGUCGUUCAGGCUGCUCAGAUCAGACCCCGAGGCCAAGUUGAUUCUGUAUUUCCAUGGAAAUGCCGGCCAUGUUGCCCAGAUGUAUCGGGCUGACAGCUACCACUCGUUGACGGAUACUUCGUCGUAUCAUGUGAUUGCCAUUGAUUAUCGUGGCUAUGGCCACUCCACGGGAUACCCCACUGAACCAGGCCUCAUUCAAGACGCCGAAACCCUGGUUGAGUGGUCGACGAAAGUGGCGGGCGUUUCUUCCGACCGAAUCGUCCUGUUUGGCCACAGUCUGGGCACGGCCGUGGUGAGCGGCGUAGCCGACAAGUAUUCUCGGCAGGGCGUGGAUUUUGCGGGCCUCGUCCUCGUUGCCGGAUUCAGCGACCUUUCCAACCUUCUGACCGGCUACCGCAUCGGCGGCGUAUUUCCCGUCAUGGGGCCUCUUGCAGCUUGGCCGUCUGUUGUCAGGUUUCUGCAGGGUUUCGUGGUGGACAAGUGGCACUCAGCCAACCGACUGGCCAGCAUCGUCCGCCACAGCGAGAAAAGGCUGCGCCUCGAGUUGAUCCACUCGUACUGGGACUUGGAUAUUCCGUGGGAGCACGAGGAGAUUCUCUUCCAGGCAGCAGCUAACGCCACAACCAACGGCUUGACCCAGCAAGAGUUUGACAGGUUCAAGAAGGACAAGACGCAAUUCAGCUCGGGAGGUGCCGGCUUUGUUGCUGCCGUCAAGGCCAAGCCGGACAUUGUUAUUCGGCAAGAACUGGUCAUGAACGGGGGCCACAGCGACAUUGUAUCGUCCUCGGCCGUCAUCAUGGCAGUUAUGAGGUGUUUCGAGCAAGCAGACUGA